AGCAGCCAUUACUUGUUUAUUUACAUUUUUAUCAAAAUAAAGAAGCAUCAUUAUUAUGUGUCUUGUUUUAAUCUUUAUGACUACGAUUAGCGUCAAGGUCUAGUACACCUAAACGGCCAUGGCCUCGUUUGAAAGAAACCAAAGGUCCAUUGAGUUCACAACAGCUCAGAAAUAUCCUAUACGAAGAUUUGAAGUUUCCAUUAAAAAGUUUGUCAAAGUCUUAACCAUUGAUUUAGAGCGGCUGGACAAACACAGAGUCAAUAUUGACAGGUUAACCCAUCAAGAAAACUGGACAUUACUCAACAAGGAACAAGUGAAUGCCUCACGGACAGUUCAACAAAUUAAAGCCAAUGUACGGGAAAUAGAAAAAGCACGAGGACAGAUAAUUGAAGAUGAUUUACACCAGUUUGAUUUGUGUAUUGAAGAAGUUAAACUAAAAGCCAUUCAGGCUGUUAAAGAUUUUUUAGUUUUAAGUCAAGGUGGAGGAUCAUCUCCAUUAGGUGAGCUGACAUUGACACCAGGAUCUGAAUCUCCUCCUCCUACAUCAAUAUCUACAGACUAUACACCCACUCCAGCUUGUGAUAUACCUAUUAGAUCUAGUGGAAUAUCACCAUCAGGUUCCACCUCCUUUAGUCUUCCAUCUUCCUCACAAAUGACUCAGAUACAACUUUAUACCAAUCCUCCAGCCUCCACAGUUAAUCCUGAAACACUGGCAUCAUGGGAACAUCUUCAGGAGGAUUUAAUUGAUUUAAAUGGAAUGAUCAAUGAUUUUGCCACCAUGGUAGAGGAACAAGGGGAGAAGGUAGAUAAAAUAGAAGAUAAUAUAGAAAAGGCUGAAUUAGACGUU